UUAAAACCCUUCUCCUGAGAAGGCUAAUAAUAAUUUCUGGGCUAGUCAGAGAAAACUGAACAGAGAAAAUUCUGGGGUUUGGGGAUGAGAAUUAAAGAUCAACACAAUGAGACUGUAAUGAGCAGCGAUAAUAUUGGGCUUGCAACAGAGAUUAUAAUCAUGGCUAUUAUAAUCUCUGUGAUACUAUUAUUCGUGGUAAUUGGGUUGUUGGUCUUAGUUCAUGCAUGUAUUGUUAGAAGAACUUCCAGAAACAAUUUUGCUACUGAGAGAGGAAGCCCUGAUAGAAGAAUUAGCAUGUCACGAGAUGACCUGGAGAAGCUUCCAAGCUAUGAUUUUAUAGCAAAAAGCAAGGGAAGCAGCCCAGUAGAUUGUGCAGUUUGCUUGGAAAACUUCAAGGUUGGCGAAAAGUGCUGGCUGUUGCCUAUCUGCAAGCACAGUUUCCAUGCUUAUUGUGUAGAUGAAUGGCUUAUGAAGACACCCAUUUGUCCAAUUUGCAGAACCAGUGCUGCUGAUUCAACAAGGGCAGGGCCAGGGCAAGCAAUAGGAGAAGAAAGUAUCCAUUUCAGUGAUAGAAGCUUUGAAAUGAGAGGCAGUGUCACAACAGACAGUAGCCAUUUCAGUGAUGCCAGCAUUGAAUUCAGGGAAGGACAGGCCCAGCCAUCAUCAGGAAUAACUAGUAAUGAUGCUCUAAUGGAGUUGAGCCAAAGCCAGGAAGAAAGUGCACAAUCAACAACUAAUCCCUCAUCUUCUUCACUUGAUUCCAUUUCUGAAUCUGCUCUAUGAUAUUUUUGGAAUAUUAAUUGCUAAAUAAUAUAUCUUUUUACAAGUGGGAUUGCAUUACGUGUUCGACAAAUU